AUGUUUAAAAAUACAUUUUAAUCAGGAUUCCUUUCAAUAUUAUAUUCAAUAGGAUCCAAACCUUUAUAAAUAUGGGAUAAAAGCAUUAGAAAUGGUCACAUAAAAAGAAUUACAGAUUAAGAUAUCCUUUCAAGUGUUUUAGAAAUAAUGGGAACUAAUGUUUCUACUAAUUUUAUAACUGCGCCAGCAGAUCCGAAAGAAACAUUAGGAAUAAAAUUACCAUUUUUAGUUAUGAUCAUAAAGAAUGUAAAAAAUUAUAAUAAAUAAAAUAUCAAAUUAAUUACAUAUUUAAUAUAGUUAAAAAAAUAUUUCACAUUCGAAGUAUAAGUUUUAGAUGAUAAAAAUGUCAGAAGAAGAUUUAGAGCUUCCAACUAUUAAUCUACUACAAGAGUUAAGCCUUUUAUUUGUACUAUGUAAGCCCUUUUUUUUUUUUUUUUAAUAUAUUAUAUAAAUUUUUAAAGGCCUAUGAGAUUAGAUGAAGGAUGGAAUUAAAUUUAAUUUAAUCUUUCUGAUUUUACAAGAAGGGCUUAUGCAACUAAUUAUAUUGAAACUUUGAGAGUUUAAAUUCAUGCGAAUUGUAGAAUUAGAAGAAUUUACUUUUCUGAUAGACUAUAUUCUGAAGAAGAAUUACCACCAGAGUUUAAAUUAUUUUUACCAAUAUAAGGAUAAAAAAACAAUUCUUGAUUUUUUGUUAGAAAUAUAAAAAUGCUCUAUACAAU